UCAUUUAUACAAUUAAUGGGGAGUUUAUUAGAUGUUACUAAAGAAGAUGGAGUUCCUAACGUACGAAAAGACUGGUAUUGUUAUGCUGUUAUGUCAUGUUUACCAUGGGUUGGUAGAGAACUCUAUGAAAAAAGGGAAUCACCUCUCGAAAUGUUAUUGACAACAAUUGAGGUAUAUUUGAAUAAGCGCCCAAAAAAGCAUGUUAAUAUGCUGAGGAUUUGGUCCACAGAUGUACCUCAUCCCCAGGAAGAGUACUUGGAAUGUUUAUGGAAUCAGGUAAAAAAACUGAAACAUGACAGUUGGACCGAGACCAUUAUACCAAGACCUUACUUGACGUUUGACAAUGUUUUGUGUGAAGCUCUUCAGCAUAAUUUGCCUCCCAUUGUGCCACCCCCUCAUCAUAACGCUUGUGUAUAUCCAAUGCCAUGGGUUGUAUAUCGAAUGUUUGAUUAUACAGAUGUCACUGAUGGUCACAUUAUGCCUGGUGCUCACUCCAUUGAAAGAUUUUUAGUUGAAGAACAUCUACAACAAAUAAUUGAUAUGUCAUGCAAAAAUAGGAAAGAAUGUGCAACUAAUUUAAUGAAUUUUGUACACAAAAACAAAGUACCUCUGGAGUAUUGUAUUGUUGAAGUGAUAUUCGGCUUGAUGUUCCACCAGCCCAAACCAAAGUAUUUAGAAGUAAUGUUUGGCUCUGUCUUUAUUGAAUUAUCUAAAUUAUCAACUAACACAAUGCCACUUGUGUUGGCUCAGACAACAGAAAUAUUAUACUCCCGUAUAGAAUCUAUGCAUGUCUGUGCUUUUGAUAGGUUUGUAUCAUGGUUUGCAUACCAUUUGAGUAAUUUCAAAUUCAGUUGGUCCUGGCAAGAGUGGGCAGAUUGUUUAGCAUUGGAUCCAGAACACCCAAAACCAAAGUUUGUGCGUGAAGUUCUUCAAAAAGCCAUGAGGUUAUCAUUUUAUGAGCGUAUGCGUGAUAUUGUGCCACCAGAUUUUGAACCUUUAUUACCUGAGAAACCGGAACCAAAGUUUAAAUAUGCUAUGGAAAAGUCCACAUUACCUGGUCAGUUUUUAUCAAACACAUUACUUACUAAAAUACGAAAUAAGACAACUCCCGAAGAUAUAAUUGAAAUAUUAAAAGAACCAUUGAUAUCGGAAAAUGGAGAAAUUAUGGAACCAGCAGACAUUGGAAUCUCAAAUCCAGUAAAAGUUGAUGCUUUUGUACAAACAUUGUUGUUUAUAGCCAGCAAGUCUUUUUCACAUGCUUUUGCAGCUAUUACUAAGUUCAUUAGUGUAUUUAAG